AAAAGGCACGGCGUGAUUCAUCUGCUUCAAUUUAGACCAACAGUUCUGACUUGCUGAGAGUGAACUUCAGUCAAUGUCACCUUUCUCUGGUGUGAAAAUGAGGACUCUUCUUUUGGUGGCUGCUCUUGGACUUCUUGCUGUUGUCCAUUCAACACCUGUUGACUUCCUAGCUGUGAGCCAGAGCCCCGCUACAAGUGAGGACGGUGUUAUCCACGAGGUCAACACAGAUGGUUUCACCACCAUUGUCUCUGCAUCAAAAAAACCUGAGGAUGAAGUUAUCCAGGAGGUCAUCACAGAUGGUUUCCUUGUCAUUUCAUCUACAAGCCAAUCACCCAAAACAAACACAGCGUUCCAAACAUCUCAGCAACCGCCCUCUGACUCCAAAGAGACCGACUUGAAUGAAGGCAAUCCCAACGGAGAUCCCAAUGACAAGGUCUCAAUGGACAGUUCUGAAUCCAAUGUAGAAUCAGCUACAAUCCAAAGCCACCAGCCUGACGUCACAUCGGUGGUAAAUGAAGCCUGGGACACCUCAAACAUUUUGGUCUCUCAAACUACUGAGCCUAAUGUCUCCAGUGGUGAUAACCUGAGCUCUGAUUUAGUGCAUGAUGAAGGAAAAGAGCUAGACCAGAAUAUUCCUACAGAUGCCAGUAUGACCCCAAGCUCCAAUGCAGAAAAUACCACAGCUUCAGUAAACUCGCCUGCUCCUCAUGACACAUUAAUGGUGAUCACAAAGCAAGAAUCUGGGUCAGAAGACAUUUCCGGCAUAGAAACUACUGCUGCAGUACCGGACCUGUUCAGCUCUGAAGAUGGCUUCACCAUAGAAUCUAGCUUCACAUCACCAACCCCUGCUGCUACUGAAAGUGAAUUGAUGGAUCUGACCCCAGACACAUCUGGAUUAGGCUCAGGAGAUGGCUUCACCGUAGAAUCUAGCUUCACAUCACCAACCCCUGCUGCUACUGAAAGUGAAUUGAUGGAUCCGACCACAGACACAUCUGGAUUAGGCUCAGGAGAUGGCUUCACUGUAGAAACUAGCUUCACAUCUCCAACCCCCGCUGCUACUGAAAGUAAAUUCAUCGAUACGACCCCAGACGCAUCCGGAUUAGGCUCAGGAGAUGGCUUCCCCAUAGAAACUAGCUUCACAUCACCAACCCCCGCUACUACUACAAGUGAAUUAUUGUAUUCAACCCCAGAAACGUCUGGAUCGGGCUCAGGAGAUGUGUCCAUCAUAGAAACUAGCUUCACAUCUCCAACCCCUGCUGCUACUGAAAGUAAAUUCACGGAUAUUACCGCAGCCACAACUGGAUUAGACUCAGGAGAUGGAGGCUUCACCAUAAACACUAGAGCCACAUCACCAACCCCCACUACUGUUCACAGUACAUUCAUGGGUAGAGCCUCCACAGACAUGUCUGCAUCAGCACCAGGUUCAGAAGAAGGCUUUGUCUUAAAAAGUAAUGCUACGGCAUCAUUAUCCACUGCUACAAAUGGGACGUUACCAAAGGGAAGAAAUUUGAUACAAACUCUUGGUUUACCCAACAAAACACCCGAAGGCCUGACAGAUCCUGCCAAUGUAGAUACACAACACAAAGGACACAGUACACCAGGCUGGAUCAUCAUUGUUGCAUUUAUAGUUGGCGUUGGAGCCCUUGUAAUGGUCUGCGUCGCCAUCGCUACAAGAGACAAGUGGAAUGCACCAAACCAGACAUACCAGGUAGAGACCAAGACUAACUCCACAAACCAGCAGAUGGAGCUAGAGAUGGAGACUUUUUUGGAAAAAGACAAGCCGAUGGAGAACGGAAAGGCAGCAGAGUACAGAGUCAUUCCCCUGGAAGAGCUCCAAGAUAAUUAUUCAUAGCACCGAGGUUCAGAAACAGACCCUCCGGAGAUUCAAGUCUCAUCACAGGGCCAAACCAAAAACUUUUAGCACUCUUUAACUUUGAAGCUACAGCAGUAUCCAUUGAUAUAUUUAUUCCCAUGUCAGCUGGGUCGUUACGAUGCACAAUUGUCGGAUAUUUCAAGUCAAGCAUUUGCAGUGUUUUUAUUUUUUCUUUUCUUCGAUGUAAAUAAUUGUACUUGUCUCUUAAUGGACACAAAGAAAUGAUUCUAUUGAUUCUAUGUUCAGUUUGGUUCAAAGUGUAAGUGUUUUUGUUGUAAUAUUAUUGUAUAUUUGUCUUAAUCUUAUUGCAGACUGUGCUGUGGAUUGUAACUUAUAUUAAGAUGCUCUGCUGUUUUCCCCGCAUUCAAGGUGGAAGCUCAGGGCGCGCAACAGUGCUCGUCCUACAAACUCAUGUUGCUAGACAUAACUUCAGCUGUUGUGAACAUUCGCAUGCUCUGUCCCCAUAUGAGAAAUUAAACAUGACGGCACCCUCA